UCCGGGGAGACUGGAUAUAGUGAAUGCAGGGUCCGGGUAGGGGUUACAGACGUGUGGGGAUAUCAAUAUAGUGAAUGCUGUGGUCUUCAGGGGAUAUAGACCGAAGAUAUAGAUGAAUGCAGGGUCUGGGGACCGAAUAAUAGUGAAUGCUGGCAGGGUCCGGGGAGACCAGGAUAUAGUGAAUGCAGGGUCUCUGGCGGAGACCGGAUAUAGUGAAUGCAGGGUCAGGGGAGACCGGAAUAUAGUGAAUGCAGGGUCCAGGGUGACCCAGAUAUAGGUGAAUGCAGGGUCCGGGGAGACCAGGAUAUAGUGAAUGCAUGGUCAGGGGAGACCAGAUAUAGUGAAAUGCAAGGGUCCAGGGAGAGACCAGAUAUAGUGAAUGCAGGGUCCUGGGAGACGAAGUUAAACUGACUG